AUGGGGGAUAAUCCACCUCCUCAGGAAGCCAUAGUUAAUAUUGCCGAUGACAAAAAUGGAGGCAUACGGGACUACACAACUCCCGAAUUUGGUCAACUGGCCUCGGGAAUUGGUAGGCCCGAAAUGACRGCAACAUCUUUUGAACCCAAGCCGGUUAUGUUUCAAAUGAUUUUCGCUAUGGGUCAGUUUGGGGGGUUAUCUUCGGAAGAUCCUGCCGCUAAGAUUAUUCUUGACGCAACGGCCGGUGGUGCUUUUACAGCUAAAACCUACAACGAGGGGUAUGACAUUUUGGAACGAAUUUCUAAUAAUAAUACUGAAUGGUCUAACCCUCGUGCUGUUAUUUCUAAAUCUGCCUCGGGCAUUCAUGAGCUUGAUGCCAUUUCUUCUUUGAAUGCCCAAAUUGUUGCUCUAACUAAUUUGGUUAAAAAUAAUUUAAACUCGAAUGGGAAAAAGAAUCAAGUCCAAUCCAUAAUGUCUAAUUCUUCCAUGAUUGAAUCUUGUGUUUUCUGUGGUGAAAGUCAUUCUUAUGAGUUUUGCCCCGAAAGCCCCGUUUCGGUAAAUUAUGUUGGGAACCAUACAAGAAAUAGCCCAUUUUCUCUGACGUACAAUCCAAAUUGGAGAAAUCAUCCAAAUUUUUCAUGGGCCAGAAAUCCGGGACUUCAACCCCCCGGGGCAACUCAAGUCCAAAAUCGACCUUCGAAUCCCCCGGGAUUUCAUCAAGGUGGUCAUCAGAUGCAAGGUAAUCAUCAAAUGUACCAAAGCGGACAAUCUUCACAAUCACAUGCACCUAGGCAACAAAAUGCAUCGAAGGGUAAUGGUUCACUCGAAUCUUUACUCAAAGGUUUUAUAAACCAAACCAAUGCCACCUUGAGGAAUUUUGAGACCCAACUUGGCCAAUUUGCCGCCGAUCUCAAGAAUAGACCUCAAGGAACAUUGCCUAGUGACACGGAAACACCUAAGGAACAUGUUAAGGCCGUGACUUUAAGAAGUGAUAAGAACUUUGGAGACUCUAAUGCCGAAAAGGAAACACCCACGGAGCCGAUUUGUCAAGAAAAUAUUUCACAUUCUUUUGACACAUCAAAAUUUCCAGUUAUGUUUCCUACAGCUGAAGAAACUCAAAUUCCAGUUUCUGUUUCAGAAACAGCAGCUCUGCCUAGGUCCAGCACCACCCAGUCUCCAUCUGACACUGCUCACUGUGGGCAGAAACUGCCCACACCCCAACAGAAAAAGAUCGGUCCAACUGAUUUAGAUAUGAGAGAUUUACCUUUUCCAAGUAGGAUGAAAGCCAAAAAUGUGGAUGUUCAGUUUAAGAAGUUCUUAGACAUCUUUAAGCAACUCCAUAUUAACAUACUUUUGGUAGAAGCUCUCGAGAAAAUGCCUAGCUAUCUGGGAAUUGGGGAAGUUCGACCUACUACCGUGACUUUGCAAUUAGGGGAUAGGUCCUUGGCAUAUACGAAAGGAAGACCCUUUCUUGCUACGGGUAGGACAUUGAUUGAUGUACAAAAGGGAGAGUUGACCAUGAGAGUAAAUGACCAGCAGGUGACUUUCAAUGUGUUUAAGACUCUUAAGUUCAAUGGAGAAAUUGAGGAUUGUUCGUCUAUUUACUCAGUAGGUGAAGAUUUAGAUCUAAGUUUAAUCGACUGUGUCCACAGUGGAGACACUGUGGGCAUGGCAUAA